GGGGGCGGGGUCCGGCAGCACGCAGGGAAAGGCGGGCGAGCUGGCGCCCAGGUGAAUUCUUCCACCGCGGCUGGGGGCCGGGGAGGACAGCGUCGGAGCAGCCGGCAGAAGAGGCACAGGAGGAGAUGCCGCUGUCGCCACCAUCUCAGGGCGGACCCAGGGAGGACAGCCCGUCCAAGGCCCCCAAGAAGCACCCCACCUUCCACAUCUGGCGCUCCAAGAAGAAGCAGUCCAAUUGUGGGGUGUUCGUCCCGCACCCGCCCGGUGAGACCCGAGCUUUUGGUGUACCAGAUGGAAGCCAAGAGGUGACACUUCAUGUCGGAGAACCACAAUUAUCUCACAACCCCAGUGAGGUGCCUGGCCCUUCGUCUACAGAGUCUGCGAUGUUUAAAAAGUCCAGAGCACAACCACCAGAAGACAGCAGAAGGAAGCCAGUGUUGGGGAAACUUGGCACUCUUUUUACGGCUGGAAGGAGAAGGAACACCAGGAACGGGCUAGAGAGUCCCACCAAAUCAGCCUCUGCCAAACUCCCUGAAACAGAGAGUGAGAAAAAUAAGGCUCAGGGCACCCAACCAAAGCCAACCGACGCGGGCGCGGCGGGUUCCGGGCAGGAGGCAGAGGGCCAGCCUGCGGAGAGCUGUGUUCACAACCCCUGCGACGCCGAACUGUCACCUUGCACCGGCAACAGUGUAGGGGUUGUGCAGCAGUGCCAUGGCAGUGAUUCAGCCCAAUUAGAACCUCUACAGGCAGAGGGAGAGACUUUCCCAAAUGCCACCACCGCUGCCAAGGAGCUGCAUUCCUCACCAGGGAAUUGCUCCGGGCAGGAGAGCGCAGAGACGCCUGCCCGCAGUCCGGGGGAGGACGCGUUGCCAGGCGCUGGCCUCCAACCAGAGACAGCGAGGGGUGUGUCGGGGUCGCCGCCUGAGCAGCGCCUCGUGGGAGGACUAGGAGAGGCCCCCGACGGAGCCCCCGGCGUGGGUGCCGAAGCGGGCUCUCUGGGGGGCCCUGGGGAAGCGGUUGCGCCAGGUGAGCCUCCCUCCCUGGGCGCAGAGACCAGCCGCACAGCCCGGUCCGUCGACCGCGCGCAUCCCUCCAAAGUGCUAACAUUGGACAUCUACUUGAGCAAGACUGAGGUGGCGCAGGUGGACGAGCCGGUCCCGAUAGCUCCGGGGACAGACGAUUGCGACGAUUCAGACGACAUGGAGAAGAGGUCAAGCGGCCGCCGAUCGGGCCGGCGGAGGAAGUCGCAGAAAUCCACGGACUCCCCGGGCGCGGACGCCGUGGUGCCCGAGAGCUCGGCAAAGGACGACGCGGUGUUCGACGACGAGGUGGCGCCAGACGCGGCCGCUGAGAACGGCUCGGCGGAAAGGAAAGUGAAAUCGGCACACGCGACUCCCGACGCGGGCGCAGCCUCCGUCACCAGCCCGGAGCCCAAGGCCAGCGCCAGCCCCCGGGGACAGCUCCGAGGGGAGCCGGACCGCGGCAAGCAGCUGCCGCCCGCCUCGUCGCCCACCAAGCGGAGGGGCCGCAGCCGCGUCCCCGAGGCGGUACCCAGCGGCGGCCCGCGCGCUCCGGCCAAGGAGUCCCCACCCAAGAGGGCGCCAGCCGCGGCGGACGGCGGCGGGGAGGAGGCGGGCCGCGUCGUCCCGCGCGAGCUCACUGUCAGGAGCAGCUCGCUGCUGCCCGAGAUCAAGCCCGAGCACAAGAGAGGCCCGCUGCCCCACCACUUCGACGGCCGGGGCGACGGCGGCCGCAGCCGAGAGUCGGGCAGGGGAGCAGGAGCGUCCGACGCCGACGGCCUGAAGCCCAGGAACCAUUUCGGCGUGGGCAGGUCGACUGUGACCACUAAAGUGACCCUCCCCGCUAGACCCAAACAUGUGGAACUAAAUCUGAAAACCCCGAAGAAUCCCGACAGUUUGGGAAAUGAGCACAGUCCGUUUAGCCAGCCGGUUCAUAAAGGAAACACUGCCAACAAAAUCUCCUUAUUUGAAAACAAGCGGGCUAACAGUAGCCCCAGACACCCCGACAUCCGCAGCACGAGGAACAAUCCUCCCUCUAAUAAGACAUUUGUUGGGAGGGCUAAGCUAAACCUAGCCAAGAAAGCCAAAGAAAUGGAGCAACCUGAAAAGAAAGCCUUGUCAACCAGCCACCAGAAUGGCCUGGUGGCCAAGGAACCAUCCGCAGAAGCCAAGGGCACAGAAAUCCCUAACUCCGGAGAAGACCUUCUUCCAGUCGCCAGAGGAGGGGGAGGAGAGCCCACCGAGGAUCAGGUCCUCUGCCCUGAGCCUGAUCAAAGUGAUAAGGCAGAUGUACAAACAGAUGCUGCCUGUCCUUCACAGCUAGUACCCACUGCCGUGGUUCCUGUGACAGACCCUGAGCUCUCAGGAGAGGACCGCCCAGAGGCUGCUGACAGAAAAAAACAUGUAUUUGACAAUGUGAGUAGUACAGCACAGGACAUCCCUGCCGUUCUUAAUGCCACAGAGCCUCCCCCAAAGCCACAGGGUGCAUUUUCUGACUCACAGCCUGCAUCUGAGUCAUCCAGGGAGUCUUCUUGCCUGCCUUCUGCUCCCAUUCCUGAGGACACUCUCCAAGAUGGCUGCGUUCAAGUUCCCAUACGCAGUUUUCCAUGCGCUGAUCUAAAAGUGUCAGAGAACCACAAUGAAUGUGAUUUGCCGAUGUCUCCUCACACUGAGAAAAUGCCAGUCUCCAAACUUGGACGGGGAGAAGCCAGCCCCACUUCAUCCCCAGAGCACAGCCCAGAAACUGUGGGGAAUGAGUGUCCAUCCAAGGUCCUCGUCCAGGUCCGGUCCUUUGUGCUUCCUGUGGAGAGCCCUCAGGAUGUGAGUUCUCAGGUCACCUCAGAAAGCUCUGAAGUUAGAGAGGUGCAUCUGCCAAGUUGUCACAAUCAUGAGUUUGAAGUGGUUUCCGUGGUCCCUUGUUCUCCCGAGCACAGGGGUGUACCCGGCACAUCACCUGCGCACACCCACCGCAGAGAGGAGCGUGCGGCACAGUCUGGCCCGCACAUCCUAGAGCCAGGACCCGAGAAGGCUCUGCCUGUCCAAACUCAGAGUCAGAGCAGUGGGACUACCCUGACAGCCGAGUUCAGCCCCAGCCACUCUCCCAGCAGCAAAAGUCAUUCGGAAAGUCCCCAAAGGCCAGGCCAAAAUGUCACCGGCCGGAAUACCCCUACCAGUCUUUUGAACGUUUCUGCUAGUAGUGACGAUAGUGUCCUUGAUUCUUCUUCUGAUAUGGAAAAAUUCACUGAAAUUAUUAAAAAUAUGGACAGCACAGUAUGUGUGCCCCAGAAAAAAAAGAAGGCCAGGAUCCCAAACUCGCCAGCGCCUCAUUUCGCCAUGCCUCCGAUUCACGAGGACAGUUUGGAAAAGGUGUUUGAUCCCAACGUGUUCACCAUUGGCUUGGGGAAAAAGAAGGAGAGCCAGCCAGAGUUGUCGCCGGCUUUGCACUUGAUGCAGAACCAGGACCCCUUAUCCAAACUGAGAGCGAAGCGUGCCUCCACCGAGCAGAGUGUCCUCUUCAAGUCCUUGCACACUAACACCAAUGGGAAGAGUGAGCCUCAGCCCACGUCAGACAUGAAUGACAAGGAGAACAGGGACAUCACCAACCUUGGAGUGAAGCGGUCGAGGCUAGAGAAAAGCACGCUGUUCUCAAGCAUGCUUUCUUCUCUGCCACAAGACAAGAUCUUUUCUCCCUCUGUGACGUCAGUCAACACCAUGACCACAUCUUUUAGCACUUCCCAGAACAGCUCUGUACCUCAGUCUUCAGCGGCACAGCCCAGGAAGGAGGGAGACCCGCCCUGUGGCUCAGACAAAGAGCAACCACAUCUUGCACCCCACAACUCCUUAAAGGUCUUCAAUUUCAACUCAUCAAAUACAUCUCAUCCGAGUUUGAAAAGUCCAAGCCCCAUGGAAAAGCAGAGAGAGGAGAGCAAGGAAGACCUGAAUUCUCGGAGCAACCUACCCUUGCCAGAGUACAAACGUUCUGACUUACCCACACUGAAGAACUGUGAUGACAUGGAAAAGCCUAACCUUAUCGAGAAUGUUCUUAAGUCAAAUGUGCCGAACAUUGGGGCCACUGACACAGACGUCUUGGGCCUUUUCAAACUCAGCCGGUAUGACCCAGGCCUUUCUUUUUCUGGAAUUUCAUUAGCAGAUCCCAUGACUCUUAGAGGAGGUGUGCAUAAUAAACUCAAUCCACGGCCUGGGAAGAUUGUGAUCUUCAGUGAGCCUGAUGUCUCUGAGGAGUGCAUAGAGGUGUUCCGGGACAUGGAGGACUGCAGCUCUUGGCGCCUCUCCCCGGUGAUACUUGUGAAAGUUGUCAGAGGAUGUUGGAUUUUGUAUGAGAAAGCCAAUUUUGAAGGGCACUCCAUCGCUCUAGAAGAAGGUGAAUUGGAACUCUCUGGUCUCUGGGGCAUGGAGGACAUUUUGGAUGAAGAAGCAGAGUCUGAUAAACCUGUAGUAAUUGGUUCCAUCAGACACGUGGUCCAGGAUUACAGAAUUAGUCAAAUUGACUUGUUUACAGAGCCAGAAGGGUUAGGACUCCUGAAUUCUUACUUUGAUGAUACUGAGGAAAUGCAAGGCUUCAGUAUGAUGCAGAAGACGUGUUCCAUUAAAGUGCACUGGGGCACGUGGUUGAUCUACGAGGAACCCGGAUUUCAAGGUGUCCCCUUCAUCCUGGAGCCUGGUGAAUACCCUGAUUUAUCCUUCUGGGAUACUGAAGAAGCGUACAUUGGAUCCAUGCGGCCCCUGAAAAUGGGUGGCCGAAAAGUGGAAUUCCCUACAGACCCCAAGGUAAUUAUUUAUGAAAAGCCUUCCUUUGAAGGAAGGUGUAUGGAGCUGGAAACAGAAAUGUGUAGUUUUGUCACGGAGGGAAGCGAGACAGAAGAAACAACUGGAAAUGACCAUCUGCCCUUCACGUCGGUGGGGUCUAUGAAAGUUCUAAGAGGCAUUUGGGUUGCCUAUGAGAAGUGUGGCUUCACUGGUCAUCAGUACUUGCUAGAAGAAGGAGAAUACAGGGACUGGAAAGACUGGGGAGGCUACAGUGCAGAACUUCAGUCUUUACGACCUAUAUUAAGUGAUUUUUCCAAUGCUCACAUGGUAAUGUACAGUGAAAAGAACUUUGGCUCCAAAAGCUCCAGUAUUGAUGUCUUAGGAAUUGUUGCUAAUUUAAAGGAGACCGGAUAUGGAGUGAAGACACAAUCAAUCAAUGUACUAAGUGGCGUAUGGGUGGCCUAUGAGAACCCCGACUUCACAGGAGAGCAGUAUGUUCUGGAUAAAGGCCUGUACACCAGUUUUGAGGAUUGGGGAGGCAAAAAUUGUAAGAUCUCUUCUGUUCAACCCAUAUGCUUGGAUUCUUUCACUGGUCCAAGGAGACGAAAUCAGAUUCACUUGUUUUCAGAACCACAGUUCCAAGGCCAAAGUCAAAGUUUUGAAGAGACAAUAAACCACAUUGAUGAUUCGUUUUUGACUAAGUCUUGCAGAGUUCUGGGAGGCAGCUGGGUUGCUUACGAGGGAGAAAAUUUCUCCGGUAAUCAGUAUGUGCUGGAAGAAGGCCAUUAUCCUUGUCUCUCGGCAAUGGGAUGCCUGCCUGGAGCAACCUUGAAGUCUCUCCGCUUUAUAGAUGUGGAAUUUUCUGAACCAACAAUUAUUCUUUUUGAAAGAGAAAACUUCAAAGGAAAAAAGAUUGAACUGAAUGCUGAGACAGUCAACCUCCGAUCCAUGGGAUUCAACACUCAGAUACGCUCUGUUCAGGUCAUUGGUGGCAUAUGGGUUACGUAUGAAUAUGGCAACUACCGAGGCCGGCAGUUCCUACUGUCUCCUGCAGAAGUGCCAAAUUGGUAUGAGUUCAGUGGCUGUCGCCAAAUAGGUUCGCUCCGGCCCUUCAUUCAGAAACGAAUUUACUUCAGACUUCGAAACAAAGCAACGGGGCUGUUUAUGUCAACCAAUGGGAUAGAGGAUCUGAAGCUUCUUAGGAUCCAGGUCAUGGAAGACGUUGGUGCUGAUGAUCAGAUCUGGGUCUACCAGGAAGGAUGCAUCAAAUGCAGGAUAGCAGAAGACUGCUGCCUGACGAUCGUGGGCAGCCUCGUAACGUCCGGCUCGAAACUAGGACUGGCCCUUGAUCAAAACGCCGACAGUCAGUUCUGGUGCAUGAAGUCGGACGGCAGGAUCUACAGCAAGUCGAAGCCACAUUUAGUCUUGGAUGUGAAAGGGGGUGCGCAGUACGAUCAAAACCACAUCAUCCUCAACACAGUGAACACAGAGAAGUUAACACAAGUGUGGGAAGCCAUGGUCCUAUGAACCUGAACCAAGACUGCAGGAGGCGUGUUUCCAGGGGAUUUCUGGCCACCUUACUGAAGAAAAAUAAAAUCACAGAGCUGAUGGAGGAGCCAAGUGGGAAGUGGACGGAAGGCCAUGACAGGGAAAUUAUCUUUUCAAAGACAUUUUUGGUUGAAGCCAUAGUUUGUUGUUCUCAUUUCUUGCCUUGUAUUUCUCAGUAACUCCUUAAACAGGCUGCCCCUGUAGCAGCUUCCGGGUGUAGACAUUUUAAAGAUCAAGACCACAUCGUAACUUAUCUCCAGGGACAGAGACAAGACCUCUGAUCUGGACACACAGAUUGCCUUAACUGGAAGCAUAAAAGCCCAUGUUUGUUCAUCACAAGACUUUUAGCAUUGGAGCAUCCACUGCCUUAACGUUUUCCAGAACUGUUUACUGCUGAAUGGCAGAGUGGGAAAGUCCUAUACUCAGACAUGUUCAAGGAGUUUAGCAAGAAUAAAAAAACACUAUUUUCAGUUAAUGUUCAAAGCGAAUAAACUUGCAAAUUUUCAUGUUGAUGUCAGCUCACGAGCAGAACUUUUUAAAUUCACCCUUGGGCUGCCCUCAAGUGUCACAGAUAGUUUAAUGCCCUCCUUACAGCUGCUAUUGGGACAGUAUUAUGGCCUAAUUUAUUAACUCUUACUUUGUCACCUACCUAUAAUGCAGAAGCCAUAUUCUAUAAUUUUGGCUAAACCUAGACCUUUCAGCCUGGUGUCUCCAGGGCUACCAGCAGGAGGACUGCUUUGGAUCUGAAGACACCGGGACCUCCCUUCUGGAAGCAGAGAUGUGGGAAGCUCCGGGACAGGGCUAACAGCCACUUCCAGCGAGUGAGGGCGAGAACCCAGGGGCUCUGUGCAGUGUUAGGGCAGAGACCCAGACCUCCGCAGGCAGUCGGGAACAACUGCUGUGAUAUACUGGUCCAGACUCUGCUGCUCAAACAGCACAUUGUCCUUUUGAGCAAAACUGCCGGACAUUUCCUUGGACACAUCCUCCUCCUCCUCCUCCUCACUUUGUCCUCAUCACAACACUGGUGCUCCUGUCAGAGGCUCAACAAGUCCACUUCUGUUCCACCUGCUCAAGCCUGCUUCCUCUCUGGAGCCAACGGCAGGCAAGUGUGCUCCUCAGAAGAGUUUAUCUGCAGCUUCAACAGCAUUCACAACAGCAUCCAGCACAUCUGGCUUCUUAUGUGUACAUCUCUGUAGGCUCUGCGUAUGUCGCUAUAGUGCGGUGGGGUAAGGUGUCCUCUCAAAAGCCUGUUUGAUUUAUCUCUUGAAUAAACUUAUUCCUUGUUAACCAUG